AUGGAUUCCACUGGGUUUGAUUUCCACGCCAUCGAUGACCGCAUCAUGGUCGUGGGUAUGGAAGCGCAUGCCAGUGUCGACCGCAUUACUUCGCUCACGACGGAGCUCGAGUCUGCUGCAGCUCUAGGAGACAUUGGCCGAAUCAAAUAUCUAGCUGACUUCUUGCUUACGGCAAGAGAUCUGCCAGACUUCCCAGCUCUGGCAGGAAGCGCCCUCAACUUUGCUAUAGAUCGUGGGCGUAUCCCGAUGGUUGAAUACCUGCUCGCCGCAGGCACGGUGCCUCACUCGAGCCACGCAAAGAUCGCGACCAAGGCAGGGGACUGUCGAGCACUGGACGUAUUGCACCAAUACGGCUGGGAUAUCAAUGAACCGUUGAGCUGGAAUGUUCCACCACCUCUAUGGUAA